AUGACUACAGCGCAUAGACCUACGUUCGAUCCGGCCCGUGGCAAGGACGCCCUCCGCGGUCCGGCCUACCACCAGCGCCUCCUCCCCGCACACACGCAACUCAAGUACCGCCGCGCCGGCCAGGGCGGCGACGCCGACGACGAGGAUAGCACGCACGACCUGGCCGCCCAGCUGCUCGCCGCCGAAGCGGCCCAUUUCUCCAAGAAGAAGGGCGGCAGCGCGCCACUCGCCAUUGAGGAGGGCGCCACCGAGACGGCAGCCGGCGACGGCGCUACGAAGCGACCGCUGCCCACGAGCGGCGAGGCGGGCGCGGCCGGCGAAGAAGACAUAUAUGCCAAACGGCGGCGGAUAUUAGAGGAGACGAGAGACAUAGACGCGGACGACGAUGACGAUGAGGAAGGGGACGAUGGUGAUGAUAGCGACGACAGCGAUGAUAGCGAUGACGAGGAUGCGGAGCUGCAGCGGGAACUAGAGCGCGUGCGGAGGGAGCGCGAGGAGAAGAAGAAGCAAGAGGAACUUGCGCGCGCAAAGGAAGAGGAAGACGUGCGGGAACGCAACAUUGCUCUGGGCAACCCGCUGCUCAACAAGCAGGACUUCACGAUGAAGAGGCGCUGGGACGACGAUGUGGUCUUUAAGAACCAGGCGCGCGGGACAGAAGACAAGGGCAAGAAGAAGGAGUUUGUCAAUGACCUCUUGCGCUCCGAUUUCCAUAGACGCUUCAUGAGCAAAUACGUUAGAUGA